GAGACGGUCACCGUUCCCUUGCAAAGCGCCGCUUCUCCCGGUUGGAUUCAGAGUAGCUGCGCAGUUCGUAGGUAACGCACAGUCCACUUUGGUAGGAUACUUGGAACAGUCCCAGCGACGAACUUCGCGUUUUAAGCUGCACCGUGCAGAAACUUGCAUUUACUUUUCCCCGAACGGCCGAACGAAGGCCAUCCAAGGUAAUGCUUUACAGGCUGCUGUUGCCUAUCGCGGCUUUACUGCUGCGCGCGGAGGGGAAGCGCGAGGAGACGGCAGUCGGCAUCCACAACAAUGGAAACCCGCCGGACAAUGACAAGUGGCUGAGUAGCGUGUCCCAGUACGACAAGGAGAAGCACUGGAACAGAUUCCGCGACGAGGUGGAGGAUGAUUACUUCAGGAUGUGGGGACCUAACAAAGCCCAGGACAAAGAGUCAGUCACCAGGCCCAUGAGACAUGGACAGCCACCGUCCAAACCACGCCCCCUACAGGCUAAAUGGAGCACUGACGAUGGUUUGGACAUCACUAAAGAUCCUUGUAUGAAGGUACACUGUCCCCCUCACAAAGUGUGUGUGAGUCAUGACCUUCAGACGGCUAUCUGUACCAAUCAUAGGCUACCACAGCAGAGUGUUAAACCAAGGAAAGCCAGUCUUCCCCAUAAGCACUGGGUAGGGACAAUGAAUCAUGGGAAAUGUAGGCCAUGUCCUGUCAUCCAUUCCAGCCCAGUGUGCGGCUCAGAUGGACAUACGUACACCUCAAAGUGCAAACUGGAGUUCCAGGCAUGCGUUUCCAGUAAGACCAUCGCCGCAAGGUGUGAGGGACCGUGCCCCUGCCUACCAGGACAGGAAGUCAGAAAACCACGCAGUGAAAAGAACGUGGCAGCAAAUGCCUGCAGUGACACUGAUCUGAGGAGUUUGGCCUCCAGGCUAAAGGAUUGGUUCGGUGUGCUACACUUAGAUGCAAACCGAGAUCUGAAGACUUCUGCCAACGAUAUCGCCCAAGGACGUUUCGACACCAGCAUACUACCCAUCUGUAAGGACUCUCUUGGUUGGAUGUUCAACAAGUUGGAUAUGAACUAUGACCUACUGCUGGACCAAUCAGAACUCAGUGCCAUUUAUCUGGACAAAUACGAGCUGUGCAUGCGGCCACUCUUCAACUCCUGUGACUCCUUCAAAGACGGGAAGCUCUCCAACAACGAGUGGUGCUACUGCUUCCAAAAACCGGACGGUCUACCCUGUCAGAAUGAGUUGAACAGGAUUCACAGUCAAAGCCGACGGAAGACUCUUAUAGGUGCGUAUAUCCCACGCUGUGCGGAGGAUGGCUACUUUAAGUCUAUGCAGUGUCAUGGCAGCACAGGCCAGUGUUGGUGUGUUGAUAAGUACGGCAAUGAGAUUGCAGGCUCCAGAAAACAAGGCCCCCCCGUCUGUGAGGAGGAUCAGGAGACCUCGGGAGAUUUCGGCAGUGGCGGAGCCGUGAUCCUCCUCGAUGACCCAGAGGAAGGCGAACCUCCACAGCACGGCCGACGCCGACAGGACAGACGCGGCCGGCUCCGCCCCCGCGGGGCCAUUGAGGACGACGAGGACGAAGAGGAUGACAAAGAAGAUGAGACUGGCUAUAUCUGGUAGCUCCGCCCCCUCAUCUCCUGCCAGCCAACCAGGGAAGCCCAUCGAAAUGCACAGUUCUGAAGCCAUUCCGACCGUUCAAUCUGGAUCUGACCUUUUUAAUGUCAACUCCACCUCCGAGUCUGACCCCGACUCUCUCUCUCAUUUUAGAACCUGCUCACUCAUCCUUCUUCCACUUCCUUUCUUUUCCGCCAUCUUCUCUGUUCCUCCUAAACAAUGUAAACCUGCAAAGACUCUCGUUACCAUUUUUCCUUCAGCUAAUGCAGUCUUCCUCUGGAAGUGGCGACUUCUGAUCCUAUGCCAUCCUUUUCUCUAUCUCCAUCUCUCUCUCCCGUUAUUCCUGAUCCUCUUUCCUCUCCCUCUCAUCCCUUCUUCUUUCCUGUUUUCUUAUACAGGAGUCUGUAACCCUCUUCUUUGUUCUUUCUCUCUCUAGAGCUUCUAGUGCGAAGCCGAAGCCAUCUGAGAGCCAUGGCUGUAAAUAUUUCUCUUUCUUCUCAGACGGAUGAGGCGUGACGCUUUGUGCUCCGUCUCCCUCCACCCCAGAGUGUCCCACGCAGGCCUUCUGGAAAACCCCUGCAUGUUCUAGCAGCCUUUUGUCACUGGGGGUGGGAUGGGGGGAGUUCUCAAACGUUCUCGUAGAUGUAGAUAUUCUGUCCUGGGAGGUGCGGGAGAUUUCCCAAGGGUUCUGGAGUGUUCUAGAAGGCUUUAGUGAGAACCUCAACGGGCCUGUGCAUGUUCCCCAACGUGGAGGUGACAAAGCGCUGGUGUUUUGUUUUUGUUUUUAUUAUUUUGGUUGGGAGCCUCUGGAAAGCCGACGAGCGUGCGAUGCGUUUCGCUCUGUGAUAAAGCUGUUGUUAGCUGCUGCUAUCGCGUUCCUUCUUUCUCUGGAUGGUUGGCACAGUGCUGCCGACAGCCUCCAAGCAUGCGUCUGUGUAUGUGCGUGUGUUUGUGUUUUACAGACCUGAGCGCCACCCCUCUGACAGUCACAACCCCGUGUUCCACAAUCUACAGAUCAAACAUGAAUGAAAAACAGAAAGGAACAUUCAUUAUAAUUUAGCCAAACAAUCCUUUGCUAUAUAAAAUAUACUUGUAGUAGGAAUUUUUUUUUUACUACUCUAUCCUUCUUGGUGGGUUGUGUGUGACUGU